AUGUUGUCCCAAAUUUUUUUUGUUUUUUCUACACUGGUCGUCAUUACCGGAGCAUCUCCAAUUGUAAUUAACGAUCCGCUUGAAAAUUAUAAGUUACAAGAAACCAGAAGCUUAGGUAUUAGAGCCAAACGCCAAGCUCUACGAGACCACAGCUACCCACUCUCCUUGUGGAACGAUGGCCCAAUCCCAUUUACAAUAAGCACUCCACAUGCGGUCACAAUAAUCUUGAAAUCUAUCAAGUUUUGGCAACAGAACACCUGUAUUGAUUUUGAACAGAACGGAAAGGGAAAGAAUGUCUUGGAUUUUGUUAGAGGAACUGGUUGCUACAGUGCUAUUGGAAGGGUAUGGUUCCAAAAACGGCAAGAUUUGUCUGUUGGAACUAUAUGUGAACACUUCCAUACGGUGACACACGAGCUAGCACAUGCUCUCGGGUUAUUCCAUACACAGAGUAGACCAGAUCGAAACAGAUAUGUGAUUAUUCACGAAGAAAACGCGCUGGCAAGUUUUGCUUCCACUUCUCUCAACAAUUUUGUCACUUUAAUAACGGAGGAAGGUCGGCGUUGUGCGUUUCAGAGAGGGCAACAGGGCAAUUUCCGCGCGGAAGACCCAACUUCGUGUGUCACGUACGAUAUACCAUACGAAUAUGGAAGUGUUAUGCACUAUAGGAAUCACGAGUUUUCAGUAAAUUCGAAACCUACUGUAGUUCCACGAGAUCCGCUUCAUGAACAUACCAUGGGAAGUGGAACUGGACCAUCUUUUCUAGACGUUCUUCUGAUAAACAAGCAUUACAACUGCUUGGACCGUUGUGCCACGGUAAACACCGAUUGUAAAAAUGGUGGUUACCCACAUCCAAGAAACUGCGAUGAAUGCAUCUGCCCCUCGGGUUUUGCUGGAAGGUAUUGCAACGAGAAGCAAAGUAGUGACGGUUGUGGGGAGAUUCUGUAUGCGAAUUCGACGGUCUUAGAAGUUUUCCAUCGAAUGGGGGCACCCGGUACACGAGACGAUAUGAGUUAUUGCUACUGGUGGAUUAAGACAUUAGAAAACGAGCGUAUUGAAGUGAGAAUAAUUUCAUUAAAUACCGCUUGUUGGGAAGGAUGUCUUUUUGGUGGUUUGGAAAUCAAAGCCUCGGAAGAUAAACGUUUAACUGGUUACAGGUUCUGUUGUGACGAAUUUCCAAAAAAACCCAUCGUUAUCCCUGGAGGAAUUCUGCCAAUAAUACUUUUCAAUCGAGACAGUUUUACGUCUUUUAGUUUACAGUAUCGAUCAGUACCUUCCGACUACCCAGCAGCUGAAAGUCAACUAACCAAUUUUUUGGGUGACGACUCAUAA